GGCUCUUAGCAUGCAACCUACGGAUUUGGGUGGCAUUAACCGCAAUCGGCGAUGGUAUUUGGCGGUGAGCGUUGUUCUGCCACAAAAAUUCUCCCCGCACCUACAAGCGACCAUGGCACAAACAAAUCAACCUCAACCUAGCUUGGGUACUAAAAGGUCAAUCACAAUUGCUACCAAAUUACUAUCACGAUUUAGGCCCUACUCCUGUCGCCCUUUACCAUAUCCAUCGAAGAGUAUUUCUCUGGCAAAACCUUUUUCUCACUCAAGCUUCAAGAUGUCUGAAAUCACUCACCCCACCAUCAAGGAUGGAUGGUUCCGCGAGAUCUCCGACAUGUGGCCCGGACAGGCCAUGACCCUCAAGGUCAAGAACGUCCUCCACCACGAGAAGAGCAAGUACCAGGAUGUCCUCAUCUUCGAGUCCACCGACUACGGCACCGUUCUCGUUCUCGACAACGUCAUCCAGUGCACCGAGAGGGAUGAGUUCGCAUACCAGGAGAUGAUCACCCACUUGGCGAUGAACUCUCACCCAAACCCCAAGAAGGUCUUGGUCAUCGGUGGUGGUGAUGGUGGUGUCCUCCGUGAGGUCAUCAAGCACGACUGUGUUGAGGAGGCCGUCCUGUGCGACAUUGAUGAGGCCGUCAUCCGUCUCUCAAAGAAGUACCUUCCAGGAAUGGCCAUCAGCUACCAGCACCCCAAGGUCAAGGUCCACGUUGGAGAUGGCUUCAAGUUCCUCGAUGACUACAAGAACGAGUUCGACGUCAUCAUCACUGACUCCUCUGACCCCGAGGGACCCGCCGAGAUGCUUUUCCAGAAGCCAUACUUCCAGCUUCUGUUUGGAGCUCUCAAGGAGGGUGGCGUUAUUUCUACGCAAGCUGAGAACCAGUGGCUCCACCUGCCAUUGAUCACCAAGCUCAAGAAGGACUGCAAGGAGGUCUUCCCAACCGUCGAGUACGCCUACACUACCAUCCCCACCUACCCCUCGGGCCAGAUCGGCUUCAUGAUCUGCUCCAAGGACGCCACCCGCGACAUGAAGACCCCGCUCCGUAGCUUCACCGCCGAGCAGGAGGACUCGCAGCUCCGCUACUACAACGCGGAUAUCCACAAGGCCAGCUUCAUCCUGCCCACCUUCGCCCGCAAGGCGCUCCAGUAGAGCAGGAUAGGAGGAGGGCAUGAUUAUGAUUUGACGAUAUCGAGGAGGAUAUAUUACUGGCUGUUGGGUGUGAUUGCGCCAUCCUGAUAGCCAGUUUUGGCGUCGCUUUGAUGGGCAGGUCUUCGUCCGCAGCGUCGGGUAGAUAUCAUACUUUGACUAAGCGGGAUGAAAGCAAUAUUAGAGUUCUCUCCCAAGAGCAUCUUGUGAUUCCGAGUUCGCUGCCAUCAUAUAUGUUAUAGUAAUAUUGAUACAAUCGGGACGCUACAGGACACGAUAGCAGAACAGCUAUCGGUCACCCACAUCGGCUCCUGCGGUCGCUCCGACUCAGGGUGAUGGGAGGAAGGAGGGGUAGGAUGGGGAAGUUGGGGCGGCCUAUGGGGCCUAGGUGGGGGAAGACCCUGUGUCGGAGGGGACUCGGGCAUGGCCCUUCGUGUGGGGUCACUUCGACCCUUCGUCUCUCAUGGUGGUAGCUGCUUGUUGCGACACCGGUGAGACGUUUGGGAAGGGUGACUCCUGCAAGGGUUACGGUGGUGAGUGCGCCCUGGCUCGGAGGGUAUUUAGUUUAGAGUCGCAGAUAGUAACGACUCUGUUUCUUCCGCUUUGUCUUUCCUUCCGUGAUCGUAGUUUUGUUCCUCUCCCGUCUCCCAUGCUGUAACCCAUCCGAGUAGUUCUCGAGGUGGACCUGGUAACUCUGGGUAUUCUGUGUGAAACUCUCUGAGUUUAUGGGGAGAGUUCAUGAAGUUCGACGCUGGGUACCACUCCGGGUCCGGAUCGUAUCCGACCCAACUAACCCGGUAUUGUAGUUGCUUCCAGCGGAGCCUUACAGCAAGGAUCUUUUCCACUUCCCAUCCUCUAUGCUGUCUAUCACUUCGCUGCUAGGCUCAGGCGGAUCCUGACCAGGUAGGGGGUUGUUCGGAUCCUUCAUGAGGACGUCUGGUGAGAACACAUCGUGUAUUUGAGAACCGGUAGGUAGUUCCAAUCGAAACGCGUGCCCAAUCCGUUCCAACACCGUAUAUGGUCUGACCCAUUGUUGGCCCAACUUGCGGCUAGGGCGAGAGUUUUUCAAAUUUUUGGUCGAUAGGUACACCCUAUCUCCUACGUCCCAGUCGAUGGCCCUUCAGUGUCGAUUCACGUGCUUAGACAUUUCCUCUUGUGCCUUUGCCAUGUUUUCCUUUGCGUGGACCCAUGCGGUAUGCAUUCGGACUGCAACCGCCUUGGCUUCCUCUCGGUUUAGGGUCUCCCGGGGGUUGGUGCUUGUCAGAGUAUUCCAAUCCCAACUCGUACGCGGAUCGGUUCCGUACUUGAGUCGGUAGGGGGUCAUGCCAAUGGAUGCGUGGGGGAGUGUCAUUUGCACGCGGUCCAUUAUGGGGAUGAGUUUGCUCCAGUUAUCCUGGUAAUGGGAUACGAAAGGCCUCAGUCUCUGAUCGAUGUAUCGGUUCAUGAUUUCCGUCUGUCCGUCGGUCUGCUUAUGAUAGGCAGUCGACAGCUUAAUGUCAUACUGACAUUCGUUGCACUCAGUUUGCUA